AAUAAAAUCACUGUGUCUUUCAGACUCUUUGCCAAUUCAGUCGCAUAAAAUAGAAUCCAUUUUUUUUUCUCUAAGAUGUUAAAAAUGUUUGUACUUUUAGCUUUGGCUGGUUUGCUGUCAUCCGCUUGGGCUAGUAUCAAUCUCCAUGACGGACCAUUGUUAGCUGGAGAGACCUCUUUCACCUUUGAGGUAACCACUUCAACAUUUGAGAAGAAAACGACUUGCUACGUUACAUCCGGCGUAGUGUCGCAAUGUCGACGAAAGCGCGGCAUGGAAGAGAAACCCGAAGUCAUCGAAUCGUACGAUAAUUUAGAGAUUGCACCAUCAGCCGUUCUCGGAAUUCAACCUACUCCUGUUCCUCGUGCCAUCCAUCGCUUGUAUCCGGAGAGAGUCUCCAGUUCUUUCGAUGAUACGUAUUUCAAAUCUCAGAACAUUUUCCGACAACUUGCUGCUAAGGGUCAUAGCAAUAAAAUCACAGUUGGCGAUUGCGGUCUAUCCACCGUCAAUCUCAGCCAGUUCCUCGCCUGCCUGGGCAUGACUGUUCAAGAGACCACAACAUUGACGGCCACUUUUACAGAAACCAAAACCGUGUCCAAGGGUUACACCAUAAUGACCAUCGCCGGUUGUUUGCCAGUACGUUUCCCCUACAUUUCUUGUACUGCGGUUCAGGAUGGUCCCUCUACCAGCAGCAUUGAGCCAACUACCUCUGAGACGACAACUGGAACUAUUUCCGUUGAGCCAACUACCUCUGAGACAACAACUGGAACUACUUCCAUGGAGCCAACUACCUCUGAGACGACAACUGUAACUACUUCCGUGGAGACAACUACAAUUACAACCGAUGAUCCGUCCACCGUUACUUCCACUAGCCCAACCAGCACUACAACACCACCAUAAGCCUUCGUGAUGAAGCUUGAAAAUUACGACAUCAGAUUUCAUGGAUCACAAACAAAAACUGAAGAACUUGACUUCGAAAAUUUUGGAAUUGGGGAUUUUAUUCGAUUUCUAAUUUAAAUUUUUCAUUCUUUCUUAAAUGAUUUAAGCAGUGCUUGUUAUUUAAAUUUUUCUCUGUCCCUAUACUACAUAAUAUUAAACAGUUUUUGGUCUGAAA